AUGCUGAGGGUACAAGAAAGCGUUCAAGUUGGACAAAGGUUGAAGACGAUCGAGGUCUUAGCGAGAAGUUUUGUCACUAUCAGUGAUGAUCCAAUAAUCGGUAAUGAUCAAAAGGAGGAUGCUUUUUGGGGACGGGUUGCAAGCUACUACAAUGAGAAUCUUCCCCUAAGUUCAAACACCAGAAGUGCAAAUGUUAUAUGGUCACAUUGGCACAAUACAAUCCAAAAGAAGUCGGGAGCAAGCAACACCUCCUCCAACCAAGAUGUGAGUAUAGACCUUGAUUAUGAACAUACUCGUCCAAUGGGACAAAAGGCAGCAAAAAGAAAGGGAAAAGACAAAGUAAAAUCGACCAUGGAGGAUCUGACAGUAAACUACAACAAUAUUAUCACAAAGUUCACUGAGUACACAAGCGUGAAGAAGUCUGAAGUCGAUUUGAAACAAAAACAACUCGAAGUAGAGGAAAUUAAGGCAAAAGCUGCAUUGUCCAAAUCUGAAGCUAAGAAUCGUCGCUUGAAGUUGAAGGAGUACGAAAUAUUGAACAAAGACACCUCAUAG